CACUUCUAACCUGGGACAAAUCCCAUACCUCUAAUUCGAUCUCAUCCCACAUCUUCACUAUGGCUUUCCGAAACACUGCCAUCGUCGCCGGCACGAUCCUGACGGGAGUUCUCGCCUACGCCGUUUAUUUCGAUCACAAGCGUCAAAGCGACCCUAACUUCCGCAAGUCGUUGAAGAAGAACAACAAGAAGGUCGAACAAAGCGUGAAACAGGAGGCAGAGGCCGGCGCCGCAGCCAGGGUCGCAGAGCUCAAGAAUGCGCUCGAACAAGUGAAGAGAAACGGUGAACUUCCAACAGACCUCGAAGAGAAGGAAAGCUUCUUUAUGAGCCAAGUCGCGUUGGGCGAAUCUCUUUGUGCUUCGGAAGGCUCUCAAGUCGAAGCGGCAAUUGCCUUUUGGAAAGCAUUGAAGGUCUACCCCCAGCCUCAGGAUUUGAUCGGAAUUUACGAUAAGACCGUUCCCAAGGAAACCCUUGAAAUUCUCGCCGAACUUAUCGCACUUGAUGGUGGUCAAUCUGUCGGCGCCAAGACUGGCACCGACGAUAACAUCGAAUAGAAGACUGGACCUGACCUCUCGACAACUUGUAUUUUAGAUAGAAUUCUCAAAUUUGUAUCACAUAAUUUAUAUCGCGGAGAACUAGUAUGUCCGUUGCCCAUGAGCCGUGGGGGAUACGGAAAACAAAAGGGCGUGGAUGAAGGCUACC